AUGUCUGUUCAGCACCUUGAUGUUAGUAUCGCCAAUGUGCAUUGUCCCAAUUGUCAAGUGGCAGUGCGACAGAUAGUAGCGAGGCGCUUUCAACUCAAAGAUUUUUCAUCUCCGCCAAAAAGGAGAAGCAUUUUGAGUCUGCCUCCAUACGAGAUCUUCUACCGCUUACUAGGUGGUCAACUCGAUUUGUAUUACCAUUGCACUGGCGAUUUGAAUCUGUCUGAUUUGCUGCUUGCUACAAAGGAAAUUCUUAAUGGGCUUCGCAAAGCUGGCUUUUCGGUUCUAUCAUGGGAAAUGGAGCUUGAUGGGAAACCAGUGACUUCUGCACCAUUUUACGAAAAGAAGUCUCGUGGUCCACAAGUCAUUGCCAACAUUACUGGCUUAUGGGAUAAGCUUUUGCAAGUCCAAGGUGAACGAAACCAUGCUCAUAUAUGCAGCUACUGUCAAGAAAAGGCCGCAGAAGAAAAGAGAGCGCAUGCCUUAGAGAAGGAAACAUCCAAGUUGCAAAAGUCAGCCCGAACGGAAGAGAAGGAAUAUGUUGAUCCUUCCACUUCAGACUCAAGCAUGCCUCUAACGGAAAAUACAUCACCGCAAGUUACCGAAAAAUAUCGUGCGGUUUUUUCUGUAACAGGAAUGACAUGUGCUGCAUGUGUCCAAUCAGUUACAGGUGCUAUAGAAGCAUUGUUUGAAGAACAGAAUAUUCCGAUCAAUGAGGAAGAAGAAACAGUAUCAGUUAAUUUAAUACAGCAUAUGGCAGCUGUUAUUGUUCCCAAUAAGCAACUCAUCAACAAAAUUGUCGGAGCUGUGGAUGAUGCAGGCUUUACUUGCCAACUUAUUGAGGUACUGCCAGCUCUGCAGAAAGUUCACGAAAAGAUUACAGCAGUCAUUGGUGGAAUCACAUGUGCUGCGUGCGUGAAUACAGUCAUGUCAGCUGUUAACAAGCUUCCAUUUGUAACAGACGCCGGAAUUGACGCUAUCACUAAGAUGGGUCAUUUCGUUAUUGGGUCCAGUAACGUUGACAACGAGAACUUCUUGAAAUUACAGGAGGUCAUUGAAGAUUGCGGUUUCGACUUUGAGCUUGUCAAAAAAGAAGAAAUCAAUGUCACAUCAAGAAAGCUGUCAUCAAGAACAAUCACCAUAGAUGUCGAAGGCAUAUCUUCGCCCAAAUGCUGCGAGACCAUAAUGAGAUAUCUUGACAGUUUCAAAGCAACAGUGACUAUCAAUGAGGCGGUUACUUUAAUCCAACCGUCUGUUACUAUUACUUAUGUACCCGAUUACGAAAGCAAGGUCAAUGUGAGACGCUUUUUGGCAGACUUAAAUCACCUCCAUCCAGCUGACACAGAAGUUGGCUACAUUGUUGACCCUAACAAUCAUUCAUCUUUCAGCUGCAAACUUAAGGAAAACGUGUCUAUGGAUGAACAGUUGAGAAGAAUUACGAGACAAGAAACAUGGCAGGUUGCAAAAAGACUUAUUCUUGCUACAGUUAUCGGGAUUCCAACAUUUAUCUUCGGUAUUUUGGGAAUGUCCUUACUCUCCAAGAAAAACAGUUUCCGUAAGUGGCUUGAAGAGCCUUUAUGGGUUGGAAAUGUCUCACGAGUGAUGUGGAUUGUCUUCUUCUUGAGUACUCCUGUUUACUUUUUUGCCACGGAUAUCUUUCACAAAAAGGCUAUAAAAGAAGUAAGUUCACUUUGGAUGCACAAAAACUCUUAUAGGAAACGCUUCCUCAAAUUUGGAUCCAUGAACUUGCUUAUGUCAUUAGGUACAACCGUUGCGUAUGUUGCCAGUUUAGUCUUGCUAGGACUUUCUUCGCGGAUAUCAGCACACGAUAUGGGAUUCCAUACAACAUAUUUUGACUCUGUCGUAUUCUUGACUUUUUUUUUGUUGAUUGGCCGAGUUCUUGAAAGUAUCUCUAAAGCAAAGACAAGUGAUGCUGUGGCAAGUUUAGGCUCAAUGAAGGUGUCGAAAGUUACACUUGUCGACCGCGAACAAGAUGCAAAAAGCGGUAAUUAUACUUACAAAAAUGAUAGUCUUGUCGAUGUGUCGCUUCUUGAUUCGGGCGACUACGUCCGCAUUUCUACCGGUGAAUCUCCUGCAGUGGAUUGUGUGAUUGUCGAAGGUGAUUCUGAAUUCGAUGAGUCUGCUCUUACCGGAGAAUCCCAUGCUGUCAAACAUGGUCCAGGACAUCAAGUGUUUUCUGGAACUGUGAAUGUGGGAAACAAUGCUGUUAUCGCCAAGAUUUUGAGUGUCGAUGGAGACUCGUUGAUUGAUCAAAUUAUAAACACAGUCCGUGAUGGUCAAAUGAAGAAGGCUCCCAUACAGAGAGUGGCCGAUGCUAUUACUGGUUACUUUGUCCCCAUCAUUGUGUUUAUAGCUAUCUUAACGUGGAUUAUCUGGUUAGGGCUUGCUUAUUCGGGCGCACUUCCGGAUAGUUAUUUGGACAUCGAUGUUGGAGGCUGGGCAGUUUGGAGCUUGGAGUUUGCAAUUGCUGUAUUUGUCAUAGCAUGCCCCUGCGGAAUUGGCCUUGCUGCUCCGACCGCCUUAUUCGUGGGAUCAGGCUUGGCGGCGAAGAAUGGAAUUCUAGCUAGAGGUGGAGGUGCAGCUUUUCAGGAUGCCGCCGCUAUUAAUUUGGUAUGCUUCGACAAGACAGGAACUUUGACCUGUGGUGAAAUGAAAACUACUGAUUUUGCUUUUGUCUCAUCAGCAGUUAAGGCAUCUCACAUCUCAGCUUUACGCAAGAUUGCUUUGCAAACAGUCAGAGAUUUAGAAUUGGCAUCCAAACAUCCAAUUGCGACUGCUGUCAAGGACUUUGUCAGUAAUUACGAAACGAAGCAAGACGUGCAUUUAUCGUCAGUCAGAAUCCCACAAGUCGAAACCGUACCCGGAAAAGGUUUAAAGGGUAAGAUUGUGCAUUAUGAUGACGAUGGGGACAGUUUCUGGAGAAAAUAUAAACCCAAGUUUGCUGUUUUGGGCAACGAAGCCAUGCUUAACGACCAUAAUGUGGAAAUCACCCGAGUGCAACAGAGUCUUUUAGACUAUUGGAAGAAGAACCGAAAAUCAGUUAUGAAUUUGGCUAUCAAGUGUGAACGCAUAUACGGAGAUAAAGAGUUUCAUCUAGCUGCAAUGAUGGCAUGUCGGGAUGAAGUAAGACCGGAAGCGCGUGCUGUUGUUGAGCAUUUGAAGAACCGUGGAAUUGAAAGUUGGAUGAUAACCGGAGACAAUAAACUCACGGCAGCUGCUAUUGCACAUGAGAUAGGUAUUAAGCAAGAGAAUGUUGUCAGUGAGAUUUUACCUCAUGAAAAAAAGAAUAUUGUCGAGCUGCUUCAACAAAGAGACGGUGCAGUAGUAGCAAUGGUUGGCGAUGGAAUCAAUGAUGCGCCAGCGUUGGCAGCUGCUAAUGUUGGUAUUGCUUUAUCUAGUGGUGCAGAUUUGGCGGUUACUCUGAGCGACUUCAUUUUAUUAAACAAAGUGCAUCCUAUCGUGACACUUUGUACGCUUCUUGAUUUAGCCAAAGUUGUUUUCCGGCGCAUCAAGUUCAAUUUCUGCUGGAGUUUAGUAUACAACGUGAUUGGAAUCCCCAUUGCUGCAGGCGUCAUUUAUCCAAUCAAUAAUCUGAGGCUAAGCCCAGUAUGGGCUAGUGCUGCCAUGGCUGCAUCUUCCUUGAGUGUUGUUACCAGCAGUUUACUCCUAGGUUUGUACCGGCCCAAGAUACGAAGUGAACAAUUUGUGGAAGCCCCUGAGAAGGAGACGAAUGUUAAUGUGUACGAGGUUUAA